CCAAAGUGGGUUUGAGAUUGAAGUUUUUUUCUUCUCAUCACUCAAUUGCUUUUCUUGCAUUGCACUUCUAUACCCUAUUAAAUUUUGUAGACCACAUGGUUUUCUUGAAUGCUAAAGAAAAAUAUCCCUUUUCCAUACAAAGAAAUGGGUUCAGGAUACUGGUUCAGGUCAAUAAUCAGUCUGAGAAAAGGAAAGGUCGAUAGAUCCAAACACCCAAAGGAAAACCCAGGUACCGGAAAACCAAAUGGAUCGAGUAAGAAUCAGCAUAUUGAUAAAGGAUCCAGCAGUUCGUCCAACGGUGGUGGUGGUUCAGGUAGAAAUCAUGGUGUUACUGGAGUGUUAGUUGCAGAAGUUGCUGCAACUCGGAUUCAAACUGCUAUUCGGUCAUUCAUGGCACGAAAGGCGCUACGACAUCUGAAAGGGUCAGUUAGAUUCAAUGUGUUGAUUCAGAACCAGAGUGUUAGAAAACAAGCAUCAACUGCAAUGACCUACAUACAUUCAUGGAGCAAUGUACAGGCUCAGAUUCGAGCUCGUCGUUACAAUAUGGUUACCGAAAGCCGGAUUAAGCAAAAGAGAAUGGAAAAUCAGUUAAAAGUGGAGGCUAAAAUUCAUGAUCUGGAGGUGGAAUGGUGUGGUGGCUCUGAAACCAUGGAUGAAAUCCUUUCUAAGAUUCAACAGAGGGAGGAAGCAGCAGUUAAACGCGAGCGUGCCCUAGCAUACGCCUUUUCUCAUCAGUGGAGGGCCAAUUCUAGUCAAUACCUGGGUCAGGCUUAUUACAGUCUUGGGAGCAAGGAGAAUUGGGGCUGGAGCUGGAAGGAGAGAUGGAUUGCAGCACGACCUUGGGAGAUUCGGGUUUAUGCUCAGCCAAUUAACCCUAAAAAAGGUCUCUCAAGGCAGGAAAGCAAGUUGGAGAAUGUCUCAAACCAGGAAGAGAUGAAUAAGGCAGUCUCAGUUAAACCAACUUUGUCAAAUGGAAAGGCAACCCAAAAAGCAAAAAGAAUUGGCUUAAACAGCUGAAGAAACCAGCUUCCCAACAAAAGCAAUGCUCUGGCAUUUGUUAAAAAAAAACCCAUUUUUCUAUAAGUUUGUAUUCCCAUUUUCUACAUCUGGAUUUGGUGUGUGUAAAAAUAAGACAACAGAAUUCACAUGGACUGAUUUUAUUAUUAUAUAUUAACAAAAUUCUUCA